AUGCAGGGAUCAGGGGGGAUUCCUCUGGCCAGGAAAUUGUGUUAUGCUGUGGGUGGGGUCCCAAAUCAGAUUACCACGAUAGCUAUGAGUGUUUCCCUGCAGAUUUUUCUUCUGGAUAUUGUGCAGAUGGAGGCCUCCUAUGUGUCCAUGAUUUUAUUUGUGAGCCGGGCCUGGGAUGCUGUCACCGACCCCCUGCUUGGAUAUCUGGUGGGCCGCAGUAACUGGACACCCAUCGGCAAACUCACUCCAUGGCUGGUUCUCUCCACUCCGUUUGGUAUCCUGUCUUAUCUGCUGCUGUGGUUUGUGCCCGGAGGCUUAAUGUCUCCAGCUGUCACUGUGCUGUGGUUCCUCAUAGCAGCCUGCCUGUUCGAGACCCUCAUGAGUUGCUACAACGUUCCUUACCUUUCCCUCAACAUGUUCCUCGGGGGAGACCACAGAGACAGAGACUCUGCCACGGCCUACAGGAUGAGUGUGGAGAUGGUGGCGAUGCUGGUGGCGUCUAUAAUUCAGGGUCAAGUUGUAGCCGUGUACAACACCGAAAAACAAGAGGCCUGUCAGCAUCUGGACCAUGAGGCACCUCAGGGCACAUCUUCACCACAAAAUGCAUCACUUCAGGAAACGCAAAAGGCUUUCCUAACCUCCGCUCUGGUCAUGGGUGCCUUGUUUUUCCUCUGCAGCCUGGUUCUCUUCCUCGGGGUGACGGAGCAGCGGGCACCGUUCUGCUCCGAUGACAAAGUACGGCCGCCCUAUCUGACCUCGCUGAAGAUGCUGAUAUGCCACAUUCCUUACCAACGCCUCGUGCUCGGUUUCGUGUUCAGCGUGCUUGCGUUUCAGAUGUCCUUGGGUAAUUUCGCACUCUUCUGCAGUCAUGCAGCUGGGCUGGGAGCCCACUUUCAGCACCUCCUACUGGCUCUGCUGGCGUCUGCCACGGUAGCAGUUCCUCUGUGGCAAACAGUUCUUCUGAGAAUAGGAAAGAAAGCCACAGUCUUCGUCGGACUAUCACUCUUCAUCCCGGCCUCAGUUAUAGUCGCCUGUGUUCCCAGUAACCUACCACUCUUCAUGAUUAUGUGCAUUUUGAUGGGAUUCAGCGUGGCGACCAUAUUCUUGCUACCGUGGUCUAUGCUCCCAGAUGUGGUGGACGACUUUGCCUUGAAACAUCCCUCCUGCAAAGACAUGGAGCCCAUGUUUUUCUCCUGUUAUGCCUUCUGCAGUAAGCUGGCAGGAGGCCUGUCUGUUGGGAUCUCAACCAUGACAUUACAGUUUGUGGACUACAGAGCGGGAGCAUGUAGCCAUGGUGACGGAGUGGUGACGGCUCUGAUUGUGCUGUUCUCACCAGUUCCCAUCGCACUCCUGCUGAUAGGGAUGGUCUUUUUUCGCUCCUACCCACUAAAUGAGAGGCAAUCUUCACAGCUCCAGGAACAACUGACCACAAAUCACCCAGAAGCUGCAUCGUCCUCAUCAGACCCAAGAGAACAACAAUCAGUCUCAGCAAUCCUGCAGCAUCCCAACGCCGAUGCGGCAUCAACUUCACAUAAUAACACAAAGACUAACAUGUUGUUUAAAUCAAAUUCUUCACCGGGUUGUUACAAUCAUCAUAAAAAAUGCUCAGUCAAGUCAUCAACAGUCCUUUUAGAUAAAUCAAAGAGCCUGUCUGGAAGAUACAGCAGGUCUAAAUCAGCUGUCCAGUCAAAUGUAAAUCUUAAGAGGCAUAAGCAGAGACUCAGCUCACACCAGCACUCAGGAGAGGAUAAAGAGAGCAAAACUGUUCCUGAGAAUGAUCCCGGGCCUUUCCAUGACAAGCGCAACGCGAAAUCCAAAGUGUCGUGGGUAUAAUCACGUGGUUUUUGCACUGCAGUCAGCAUCCUGUUUCACGUCCUGGACAUAUAUCUGUAAUGUUCUUUGAUUUUAUUUGGACUGCUGGCUCCAUGAUACUCACCAUCUUCCUGUUUGCAAAGCUAUAGUAGCAUCUAAAUUGCAAGGAGCCACUCCUGAUGUCCCACAUGCCUAAAAGUUGCAUGAAGUUGCUCUAUUUUUAACAUAUUGCUUGUAAAUGUUGUAUGCUUACAUCCACACUACAACAUUUCUGCAUCUCUGUUUGCUCACAUAAAUAACUUUCAUCAGUAAUCAUCCACUGGUAUAUUUUCUUAUACGGUUGAUUAAAUAAUA